AUCGAUAUACGCUCAUGACCUUAAGGUUCUCCUUUUUUUUGACUGUGACGCCUUCAAUCACGUUUUCUGCAGUACCACGAGUUGUCAGGGUGUCCAGACUCGUGUGCUCCAUAUAUAACACCGUGCCCGCGAACCCUUAAAAGAUGUCUUCGCUUUCUGUACUUGCGCUAACGCCCUUCUUAAGUUCGAUCUCGUCCGAGUCACCUCCUCUCCAUUGUGCCACAGCUAUGCAACCAGGAAUUUACAAAUUCAUAAACCGCCAGAGCGGUACAGCAAUGGACCUGGCCAAAAACGAUAAUACGUCUGUCGUGGGCUCUCCACCUUGUGAUAAUGAUUCUACGCAAAAGUGGGAAAUAGCACCUCUCGGUGCAGGACAUACCAUCAGAAAUAUGAGAACGGGUGCCCACCUCUCUGUGAAAGGACUCCAUCGCAAUGCUGCCAUUUUUGCGGGGAGUUUCCCCGUAGCAUGGGAACUUAGAACCGUGAAAGUGGAUCACGAGAAUGCUGAAAUGAUUGAAAUACGCUGGCCGCAUACACAACACACGUUCGAUCUGGCCGGCUAUGGAUCCUCAGCUCCUGGAACAAAGGUGCAGCUCAUGGACACUCAUAUAAGUCCCAUAGAUUAUCGUUGUAGACUGUGGAAGCCCAUUUUCAUUCAACAUAUCCUUCACUCCGUUUUACUGGAGCGUGUUGGUGAAGAUGACGAAACAUCAAGCACUACUACUAUCAAUGCCGCUGAUGUGCCAGAAGGAGGCGAGCUUGUCUUGGUCACGACCACUACUAGUACUACAAGAACAGUUGUUACAAAGAUACCGAAAUAGUGGGGUUGGGGCUUGGCGAGAACCUAGUCAGUAGAGACAAGGGUAGGAACUCUGUCCGAGUCCGGCCUGGGUAGCCCAGUCCAACGGUUGUCAGUGGAGAUGAUGAUGCUAGAAUAGUUGUAUGUCGAAAACACCUUCCUAUGUCACAUUUAGCUCUUCAUCCCGUUCUAAUGCACAGUAAUAUUGAUG